CAAAAACCUUUCUUGUCUCCUUUCUCGCAGAUCCCCAAAGACCGAUCUGUACGAUUACGAGUCAUGCCGGAACAGUCCAACGACUACCGGGUGGUGGUGUUUGGAGCCGGAGGUGUGGGCAAGAGCUCGCUCGUCCUCCGCUUCGUGAAGGGCACAUUCAGAGAGAACUAUAUCCCGACCAUCGAGGAUACAUACAGACAGGUGAUCAGCUGCAACAAACAAGUGUGUACUCUCCAGAUCACAGACACCACAGGGAGCCACCAGUUUCCUGCCAUGCAGCGCUUGUCCAUCUCCAAGGGGCACGCCUUUAUUCUCGUAUACUCCAUCUCCAGUCGGCAGUCGCUGGAAGAACUCAAACCUAUCAGAGACGAGAUUGUCGAAAUGAAAGGAGAUAUUGAGGGAAUUCCCGUUAUGCUCGUUGGGAAUAAAUGUGAUGAAGUGAACCGUGAGUGCACCGUGCAAGAAGGUGCGGAACUCGCAAAGCGGUGGAACUGUGCUUUUUUAGAAACUUCUGCGAAAACAAACCACAAUGUGAAAGAGCUUUUCCAGGAACUUCUGCAGUUGGAAAAACGGCGAGCUGUGAGUCUGCAGUUGGAAACAAACAAGUCCAAAUCACAGAAACGACGUGAUAAGUUAAAGGGCAAGUGCGCGCUCAUGUAAUUAUUUCUAGCCUUGUUGUUUGUUUGUUUGUUUUUCUACGCUGAUUGUGUUUUGUUUUUCCUUUAAUCAAUUUUUUUUCAUAAUACUGUUUGUUUUAUUAUAUUUUCAAUCAAGCAUUUCAUCCUAAUAUUAUUCCUUUCGUUUGCUUGUAGACAUAUCUUAAUAGAAAUGGUCUGAUAUUGCAGCAUUGCGUGCUGGUGUCUCUCGAUUACUUUUUUUUCUUUUGUAAAUAUUACCGAAAUGAACAACAACAACAACAAACAAUUUGUCCGUGACUUGACAUUCUACAAUGGCACUUGAAGAGAUGCAGUCUCUGCCUAUUGACUCUUUGUAUGUUCUUAUUUAUGAUGAAGACGGUGUGAAUUUCUACAGAACAUAAUAUUAUUAUUACGAGCGCUCAUGACAAACUUGGCAUUGGUAGCCUAGUGGUUAGAGGGUUCAAGCUUCAGCUCAGUCCCGACGUUGUGUCCUUAGGAAAGACACUUUACAUGAGUUUCCCAUUUGGCUCGGUCCUUUCGGAGAUAGACGUUAAACUCCUGCCUCUUGAAUAAUCUAACAGUGUUGAUAGGGGUGUUAAACCUAUACAAUUGCACCAUAUGUUUCCAUGACUAACUUUUUCUACUCAGAAAUCGAUGUACAGAAAAGUGGGAAGACAUGGAAUAACACCAAGAGGCUAGCCCAGGAUAGAGAAAAGUGGAGGGUGUUUGUCCGUGGCCUAUACCCUGGUGCAGGGUGAGAAAGGCACUGAUGAUAAUGACUAACUUUUUCUACUAGUCUGUUCAGUGAAAGAAGUGUUACGCCUAAACAAUACGCGCAGUCAAUCAUUCAACGUUUUACUGAGAUUUCGGCCAAGAUGUGUCUGCUCAAACUUUCAAUUGACUGAAAACAUUUUACGUCUUCAUCUACACAAUUUAGAUCAAUUAGGGGGCCGGUUGCUCCAACCUUUCUUGUCGGGGCCGGCCUGGGCCCAGUGGGAUUCCGCAUCAAAGCAGAAAUACGAAGAUACCCGAUUAAAUAAACUUCCGUUCCAGGGAAUCGAAUUCUUGUUUUCUGCGAGCACCAGCAAAAGGGUCUAACAACAACAACACCCCAAAAGCUGACAAUUCAUGUAUUUAAAAAAAAAUUUUUUGCUGCACUAUUAAUUAAGGAUUUCUGAAAAAAUUUUCCUUCCAUUUAUAAUUCUAAUUCUGUUGAAGUUUAAAGUACAGAAACGGUAUAAGAUAUCAAAAGAAAAAUAAUAACAACAAUUCCACCAACAACAACACAACAACAACAACAACAACAACAACAACAACAACAACGACACCAGCAGCAGAAGCAGCAGCAGCAGCAGCAACAACAACAACCCCGACAACCAUAAAUAACAACAGCAACAAAAGCUACUACUUCUUCAGCAGCGGUAACAACUUUAAAAACAACUCAACAACAACAUCCAACAGAAAAAAAUGUUGACUCUUUUUGCUGGUGUUAGAAUCAAGACUGACUUGUCUGCGAAACAAAUCUUGAAACACGCAGAUGGUAUAAUUAAUUUUUUUUCAACCCGCGUAUAGUCAACAUCGAUGCCACUUUAUGAAAAACCUAUCUACUUGUUGUUUUUAACCCGAGGAGUAAAAUCAAUGCUUCACUGAGUUUUUAUUUACAAUAUUAUGUUUUCAUUUUGAGUGGCCUACUCCUUUGGGCCACCCAUGAAAGCAAAACUUUUUUGGGUUUUUUUCGCUUUAUGUUUAUGUUUUAAAAAAUUGAAACUGUGAAACAAAGUUAAAUGAUCUCUCACCUGAAAUGUUGACUUGAACGUUUCAGUAGCGACAGUUUUCAGAUAUCUUGUGAUAUAUGUGUUCAGCAAUAUUUAAUUUCAGGGUGUGGAACCACACACAAUCGGCUGUGGGCUUAUUUAGUAUGUUAGCAGCUUAUCAUUCAUUUAUGUAUUUGAAUAAAGUUAGUGAAU